AUGGGGGUCACCGUGUUCCCGAGGGAGCUGAAGGAGGUGUUUGCAUCUUGGCGGCUGCGCUGCGCAGAGCGGGGCCGGGAGGACAUCGCUGACAGGCUGAUCAGCGCCUCGCUCUUCUUGCGCUUCCUCUGCCCAGCCAUUAUGUCGCCCAGUCUCUUUGGGCUCAUGCAGGAGUACCCAGAUGAGCAGACCUCACGAACCCUAACCCUCAUUGCCAAGGUCAUCCAGAACCUGGCCAACUUUUCCAAGUUUACCUCAAAGGAGGACUUUCUGGGAUUCAUGAAUGAGUUUCUGGAGCUGGAGUGGGGUUCCAUGCAGCAGUUCCUGUAUGAGAUCUCCAACCUGGACACGCUGACCAACAGCAGUAGCUUUGAGGGUUACAUCGACUUGGGCCGAGAGCUCUCCACACUGCAUGCCCUGCUCUGGGAGGUGCUGCCCCAGCUCAGUAAGGAAGCCCUUCUGAAGCUGGGCCCACUGCCCCGGCUCCUCAAUGACAUCAGCACAGCUCUGAGGAACCCCAACAUCCAAAGGCAGCCAAGCCGUCAGAGUGAGCGGCCCCGGCCUCAGCCUGUGGUGCUGCGAGGCCCAUCGGCCGAGAUGCAGGGCUACAUGAUGCGGGACCUCAACAGGCCAGAGGGAGCAGGAAUCUCAGAGCCCCAGGAAGAGUGUGGAGGCUCCUCCAGCUCCAGCUUGCUGGAAGAGAAGCCACCCCCACCGCCCCCUGGUGGGGGGAAAGACCUGUUCUAUGUAAGCCGUCCACCGCUGGCCCGUUCCUCGCCGGCAUACUGCACAAGCAGCUCGGACAUCACAGAGCCAGAGCAGAAGAUGCUGAGUGUCAACAAGAGUGUCUCCAUGCUGGAUUUGCAGGGUGACGGGCCCGGCGGCCGUCUCAACAGCAGCAGUGUGUCCAACCUGGCGGCCGUUGGGGACCUGCUGCACUCGAGCCAGGCUUCCCUGACAGCGGCCUUAGGGCUGCGGCCUGCGCCCGCUGGACGCCUCUCCCAGGGGAGUGGCUCGUCCAUUACAGCGGCUGGCAUGCGCCUCAGCCAGAUGGGUGUCACCACGGACGGUGUCCCUGCCCAGCAACUGCGUAUCCCCCUCUCCUUUCAGAACCCUCUCUUCCACAUGGCUGCUGAUGGGCCAGGCCCCCCAGGGGGCCACGGAGGGGGUGGUGGCCAUGCCCCUCCCUCCUCCCAUCACCACCAUCACCACCAUCACCACCACCGAGGUGGAGAGCCCCCCGGGGACACCUUUGCCCCGUUCCAUGGCUAUAGCAAGAGCGAGGACCUCUCCUCAGGGGUCCCCAAGCCCCCCGCCGCUUCCAUCCUUCACAGCCACAGCUACAGUGAUGAGUUUGGACCCUCUGGCACCGACUUCACCCGUCGGCAGCUCUCACUCCAGGACAACCUGCAGCACAUGCUGUCCCCUCCCCAGAUCACUAUUGGUCCCCAGAGGCCCGCCCCCUCAGGGCCCGGAGGUGGGAGCGGUGGUGGGGGCAGUGGUGGGGGUGGCGGGGGCCAGCCGCCUCCAUUGCAGAGGGGCAAGUCUCAGCAGUUGACGGUCAGCGCUGCCCAGAAACCCCGGCCAUCCAGUGGGAAUCUGUUGCAGUCACCGGAGCCGAGUUACGGCCCUGCCCGUCCGCGGCAACAAAGCCUCAGCAAAGAGGGCAGCAUUGGGGGCAGCGGGGGCAGCGGUGGCGGAGGGGGUGGGGGGCUCAAGCCCUCCAUCACCAAGCAGCAUUCUCAGGCGCCAUCCACGCUGAACCCCACAAUGCCAGCCUCCGAGCGAACGGUGGCCUGGGUCUCCAACAUGCCUCACCUGUCAGCUGACAUCGAGAGUGCCCACAUCGAGCGAGAAGAGUACAAGCUCAAGGAGUACUCUAAGUCGAUGGAUGAGAGCCGGCUGGACAGGGUGAAGGAGUAUGAGGAGGAGAUCCACUCACUGAAGGAGCGGCUGCACAUGUCCAACCGGAAGCUAGAAGAGUAUGAGCGGAGGCUGCUGUCCCAGGAGGAGCAGACCAGCAAAAUCUUGAUGCAGUAUCAGGCCAGACUGGAGCAGAGCGAGAAGAGGCUAAGGCAGCAGCAGGUGGAGAAGGAUUCGCAGAUCAAGAGCAUCAUUGGCAGGCUGAUGCUGGUGGAGGAGGAGCUGCGCCGGGACCACCCCGCCAUGCCUGAGCCGCUGCCCGAACCCAAGAAGAGGCUGCUCGACGCUCAGCUCCUCAUCAGACCUUGGAACGGCCUGGCCCCCCCCGCCCCCCCCCCCCCCCCCCGGCUGCAGAUCACCGAGAACGGCGAGUUCCGAAACACCGCAGACCACUAG